UGAUCGUUUUCUUUUACUCUAGAGAGAAUCUCCGGUUUUCUGGAAACCGGAAAUAUUCUGGAUUGUUCGAUACGGUCGCUACUAUAUUCUCUUGACGCAAAAGAUUUUCCGAUCGGCAACCGGAGACGGCAGUGAAUUUCAAUUGCCGCCGUUUAGGUGGUUCAAUGGAUCCUUCCUAUCAAGUUAAUCACAGUUGUGCCCUAAAUCCUCCCAAAGACGGCCUCCCUAGCACCCAAUCUUCUAAUGAUGCACUUAGGCAGAUGGGAUCUGAAGGGAAAAUGGGAGCAGUUCAUGAAGAAAUGAAGAGAGUGAGUAGACUUCCACCAAGCAGUGCAUAUGCAACUCAUCGGAUGCGUGUCCUUAACAAAAUUCUGGAACUUCUGUCGAUUCAGAGAACCACUUCACAGGAUGAGGAGUUGGAAUUGCUGUUUUCUGGGCUCUCUCUUGGAUGAUAAGAAGCAAAGGUGGAUUUGUAAUGCUGCUUAAACUUUUUGUUGGUCUGGAAGUUGAGCAUUGAAGAGUGUGGUUUCAAAUCUGAUGGCAAUUCUAUCCUACCUUUAGUGUUUAUGGUUUAAUCUGAUGGCAAUGAUUUAUCCUGCUUUUACAUUGCCUCGGAUGGUGUAAUGGAAAAAAAUGUCAAGGACUUGUGUUGGUUAUAGCUUUAGGAGGUGUAUUAUACGCAAGGAAGUUUUACACACUAGUAUCGUAGGUGUGUUGCGUGCGUUUUAUAAUGCAUUUGUCUGCACAUUGUAUUUGCUGUUAUGUUGUUCGCAUCAUAAACAAUGCACUUACUAUAACAAGGUAAUGUUUCAAGUCUUGCAUUUGUGAGCCAAGCAACUGCAAGUCCUACUAAAUGAUAUUAUAGUUCAGUAAACAUGCCUAUACAUUUAG